AUGACGAACUUCCAAAUCCAGAUCAUUUCAGACACCGUCUGCCCAUGGUGCUACGUCGGUUACCGCCGCCUCUCGCGAGCCAUAACCACCCACCAAGCCACGUACCCAACAGACACAUUUAGCCUGCACUGGAAAGCAUUCUACCUCAACCCGGCAUCAGCCGAGUACCCGGGCGUGAACAAAGCCGAGAUGUACGCUCAGAAAUUCGGGGCGGAGCGUUUUAAAGCGAUAUCCGAGCGCCUAUGCGCUGUGGGCAAGAGCGAAGGCAUCCAGUUUAGUUUCGGCGGGAAUACUGGUCUCACGCGGGACUCGCAUCGCUUGCUUUGGUUUGCUGGACAGCGGGAGGCUGAAGAGGUAGCUAAGAGAGAGGGUGCGGAUGGGGUUGUUGGUGGGUUGCAGACGAGGGUUGCGGAGCAGUUGUUUCGGGCUUAUUUCGAGGAGGAGAAGAACAUUACCGAUUUGAAGGUUCUGGUGGAGGCGGGUGUUGGGGCGGGAUUGGAUCGGGAAACUGUGAAGAAGCUGUUGGAUGAUGAUGUUGGUGCUCAGGAAGUUGAUCUGGAGGCCAAAACGGCGGCUAGGAGGUUGGUUUCUGGUGUGCCGUAUAUUUCGGUGCAAGGGAAAUAUCAUGUUGAGGGGGCUGAUGAGCCCGAGGUCUUUAUUGAUAUCUUUGAGAAGGUGAAGGCCGAACAGAAGGACUAA